GAAUAAAUGUGUUAUAGUGCCUCCGUUACACACAUUGAUUUACUGCUAUUUAUAAUAUAUGAUUCGUUUAAAUGCUCUGGGGUAAAUCUAAAGUUCGCUAAACUCUAAAUUGUGCUUGUGGACUAAUGUUUUGGCGGCUUGUGGAGCGGCCGGUGUUCAGUGACUGAGGGAAGAUUUUGAAGGGAUUCAGUGAAGUAUGCUGGGUCUGAAGGAGAAGGACCGGCCGGUGGUCAGGAAGCUGUUGUGUGCCGGCUGCUGUGUGCGAUGUGUGCUGCGCUUCUGCUGUGUGGGAUCCUCCUCCGCGUACAGACGAUCAUAUGAGGACAUACAGAAGGAGCUUCUGGCCUUCAUCGGUGAGGAAAACAGACCGCAGUCCCGUGAUGCCUCUGGUGAGGAAAAAACAGAUGACCCGCCAAGCAAACGCAUGAGAAUAGAGGACGGAAACACGGAGGAUUGUGUUAUGCCAGAGACUGAGGCAGACGCAGAUGUUUGUCCAGUGUGUUUAGGAGUUUUGCAGGACUUCUGCAGUCCAGCAUUUGCCAAACAGGUUUCUGAUGCGGUGAAGAAACAGCAGUACGAGUUUGAGAGUCUGGUUUUGACCGUUUCUCUUCCCGCUCAGCUCUCCGUUAGAGAGCAUUCAUGUUGGCUGCACGUGAAAAAGGAAGUCAGGGAGAAGAGCAUGUGUUUGGGGAAAGACGAUGUGAUUCAGGUGAAGGACGCGUUUAAGUGGGCCGUACAGGGAAAGAUCGCUCAGGAACUGGGAGCUUCUGUUCUGGCCAACAGUCCUUGUGAAGUGAGCGUCGGGUUUAUACAUGCAGAAACAGAUGAGGACUGUCAUUUCUUAGCAAACACUUGUCCGGACUGUUUCAAACCCACCAAAAAUAAAGCGUCCAUCUUCACCAGGAUGGCAGUGGUCAAAGCGCUGGAGAAAAUCUCAGAGGAGACGUUCAGCCGGUAUUACCCAUGUCCACCAAAGAAACCAAACUCCAGAUGCUCAGCGCUGGACACCACCUGUCUGCACACGUCUGUCUUUAUAGCAGGUCGGUAUAAUAAGUUUUCCCGGGAGCUUCCGCAGACGCCGUGGGUGAUUGAUGGAGAGAGACGGAUGGACGGAUCAGUGGAGGAACUGAUCGCGGCUCCGCUUCUGUCCUCCUUCAGAGCUGAUGGUUUUAACUUUUCAUCUUCAGGACGAGAGGACGUGGAUGUGAGGACUCUGGGAAAUGGUCGACCGUUUGCUGUGGAGCUGCUGAACCCUCAUCGAGCAAAAUUCAACAGAACUGAGAUCAAGCAAAUACAGGAGACCAUCAACCAGUCUUCUGACAAAAUCCGAGUUCGAGACCUACAGAUUGUUUCCAGGGAAGCGACCAGCCGCAUGAAAGAGGGUGAAGAGGAAAAGACAAAGACCUACAGCGCCCUCAUCUGGACUGAGAAAACCAUCGACAGCUCUGACCUGCACUUCCUGGAAAACAUCAAGGAUCUGAAAGUGGCUCAGAAAACCCCCCUGCGAGUGCUUCAUCGGCGGCCGCUGGCGGUCAGACAGAGACUCAUUCACUCCAUGAGCAGCGUUUACCUGGACAAACAUCACUUCACACUCAAGCUGCGCACACAGGCCGGGACGUACAUUAAGGAGUUUGUUCAUGGAGAUUUCGGACGGACCAAACCAAACCUCUGUGACCUGAUGAACACGGACGCUGAUAUCCUGGAGCUCGACGUCGAGUCUGUAGACAUCGACUGGCCUCCGGCUAUUCCAGAUUGACGUUUGGCAUUUGAUGUUCUUGUUUGACAGGGACUGUAUGUAUAUUUCUGUCAUACAUUUACGCAUUAGUUUGAUCAUUAUUUGGUUGAAUUAGGUUUCUGAAUGCACAUUUUCCUCAAUAAAAACAGCCUAAUUUAG